CAUUAAUCGAUACAACAUCUAAAUCCAAUACUAUUAGCAGGCGCUUGUAUAGUAAGCUUGAGUCUGAUCACAGAUUAGAAGGUAUACCUGAUGAAGAUAUAAUAGGCGAAGAAAUAAAAGGCCUAGAUUUACAAUUCCGCUAUAAAGGAAAAACCUAUGAACACCGCGAUAAAAUUGUAAUAGAUAAUAUGAGUAUCCCAUUGAUCGAAGGAGAUGGCAGGCCCAUGGACGACUUGAAGAGUUAUAAAACUAGCUCUGGUAAAAAUAACUCACCUAAGUUCAAUCUAUCAAAAAAGGAGAUCACAAAUAUAACCAAAAAACUUCUUUCAAACGCCAAAGAUAAUAAAUACCAAAAGAGUCAUCAUGGGAUAUUUCACAACAUAACUCCUGUACCUCCACCAUUCAGAAGAUUAAAUAAUGAUGUACCCAAAAAUAGCAGAGCUAGCAAGAAUAAGAAAUAUCAUAAAGUAGAUUUAGGUGAUAGGUGUGAAAAGUUUUCAUUAAAAACGCACCUCAAUAAUAUUUGGAAGUCAGUUCAUUCUAUAGAAGAUGAUAUAUAUUAUGGAAUUUUUAAAAGACUUUCUAAUAUUGAGAAUGAACUGAGGUGUGGAAAGAUAGAAGAAUUGGUACGGCUAAAUGAUAAUAAGUUAGAUCCUUCUAAUUCUCGCUUACGUCAAAAUAAGAGCAAGAAAGGUAGAGUCAAGUAUUCCACAGAUUUGAAUACUGACACUUCUGAUACAAGUACUUCUUAUUUCUCCAAUUCAGGUUCGGAAGGUUGUGACUUAGAUUAA